AUGCACAUCAGUCACAUGUGUCAAUUCCCUUCUUACCCUCCACACGCUCCAUCCCUCCCGCAUUUCCCCCCUCCCUGGCAGUACCGCAUAGGGCAGGCGUACAUGCGGUCGCGCAUGCAGAUGGAGAACACGCGCGGCAGCGAGGGCGUGGAGGUGGUGGCGUCGCAGCCGUUCAGCGACGAGCGCAUGGGCGCGGGCCACAUGGCGCACGUCGUCUACCACUUCCACAGCAAGGCGCCCGCGUGGCUCCGCGCGCUCGCCCCGCACGGCGCGCUCUGCCUCGAGGAGCAGAACUGGAAUGCAACGCUCAUUGCAUGCAUAAUCACCCACUCCCCCUUCCAAACGUUCUCCCUUUUCUCCCUCCCUCCCAUUUCUCUCGCUUCCUUCACGCGUCCGGCUAUUGGCGCCUGCUCCCACCAUCGAACAUCAGUGCUCAAGUGCCCGUACCUGACCAAGUUCUCCAUCACCAUCGAGUCCAUACACCUCGCCGACAGAGGCGACUCCGAAAACGCGCUGGGCCUAAGUGAGGAGCAGGUGAAGCAGCGCAAGGUGGAGAGGGCGCUGGGUCUAAGCGAGGAGCAGGUGAAGCAGCGCAAGGUGGAGAGGGUGGACAUAGCGAGCCACGAGCGCGACAUGUGGACGCGCCUCAUCGCCAAGUCCGGAGUCGACCCCUCCAAGCUCGCCCUCCCCAAAGCCAAGCGCGGCCCCCUCGCUCCAGGCUGGCAGGGAGAGAGGGCAUUAUUUCUGGAGGGCCAUAGGAAGAUGUACGGGUGGAUGGACGAGUGGUGUGAGCUCACAAUGGACGAUGUGCGCCGCAUUGAGAAGGACAACAUCGAGGCUAUGCGCAAGAAUCUUGCUCUCAACAACAAGGUGGCACCAGAUGAGUACAACGAGGAUGAGAGUAAAGCUGAGGUGGACGGGAUCCAUGAUGACGCAGACAGCAGUGAAGCUGACUUGGAAGAUAGCCCCAAGGCCAAGGGCAAAGCCGCAGAGGGUUAG